AUGCGGCACUCUGGAAUUCCUGCAAAAACUCAUCAGAAGGGGUCCACUGGCCGCCACACGGAAACGGCUGUGCCCCGGACUUUUCAGAUCAAAACAUUUAGCACCGAGUUGAAAAACCAUGUGAUGGUCAUGGAUUUCGUGAAGAGUAACUGCUUCCCCUCCCAGAGAAGAGCCAAAGUCUGCAUCAUCCGUGUGUAUCAAGGCCUGAAGACAGCUGAGCAGACAGCUAGCCGCUAUGAGAUCCACAGUCGGCUCUUCUCGUCCCCCAAAGAUCAUUCUGCUUGGGAAAGAAAUGAAGGUCUUUCAAACGCAGGAUUACGGGACAAGCAGUACUGUACAAACAGUCAGAUUGCCCUUAAAAAUCUUCAGUCUGACGUUACCGAGAAGAAAUCUGACUUCACCGAGGGGGCUCUGGCAUCGCAAAACACAGAAAUGAUCUCAUCCCUAGUCAUCUCACAGCUGAUUGAUGAGAGUAAAUCAAAGGUGGACCGGGCGGCGCUGCCCGCGCAUCCGGCCCGGCCGUCGCGGGGGAGCCGCCCCGGGGUCUGCCUUGGCCGCGCGUUCGGCCUCCUCUCGGGCGGGCUGGGCACACCGACGCCGGCCACGGGGCCAGGACCCGACUCGGAGCCGCCGCGCAGCGCGAAGCCGGGCAGCGGCCCCCAGAGGGGCUUUGCGUCCAUCACCAUCACGGCCAGGCGCGUGGGCGCCCCGUUCAGCCCCGUGGCGUGGGAGGCCGUGCGGGACUCGCGGUGCCCCGAGUGCCGGGCCCAGGGCGCUUCGCUCAGGGACGCCUCUGCGCCGGCUGGGGGUGCCGAUCCGCGUCGGCACCAGGGACCGUUCGCCUGCGCGGAUUUCUCCGGAAACGGCUCUGUGAUGAGGCUGAGGGUGCCCGAGACGGACCACCGGCUGUGCGGGGGUCCCCAGUACUGCAUCACCGAUGUGGACAGCCGGGAGAGCAGCUUUCCUCCGGGCGCGGCGCGGUCGGGAGAGGGGCCGCUGGUGUUCAGCUCCUGCGUCCACGUCAGGGUGACCCAGCCGUGCCUGAAUUCCAUUUACUAUCUAGACCGGUCCCUCUCCGUCCCCGUGGAGCAGCCCCAGCUUGCGGGCCCUAAAAUGCACAGGUCGGUCCUGUCACUCAACCUCAAGUGCAGUUCACACGGACCGACAGCAGAUGGCGCAGGCGGCCCGGCUAAUGCGGGGCCCCGGAGCGGCGCCCGGGAGCCGAAGCUCCCAGAGGGAAAACAGAGCCCUCUAGGCCCCCGCUGGAACCCGGGUCUGCAAGGAAGCUUCUUGCAGGAAAUCCCAUCCUUGGAGCAGGUGCAUCUGGGGCCCCGCACCUGUCCUUGGAGGGGCUCGCGUUUGUUGGAAAAGCAAGGAUUCUCAAGUGCGGCAGUUCACCAGGUCACUGGAAGAAAAGGGAGAGAAGACCACAGGACCACGACCGGUGGUGGUGGCGGCAGCCAACUCUCCAUCCACAUUCCUGGCUGGAGUUACACAGCAGUAGAAGCAAAAGUGUUUUCUGGAAGCAGCAAGAAGCAACAAGGAGAAGCACGUGGGACUUUGUCUGCUCCCCCAGUGGAACAGAAGCUGGUUAAAGAGUUCCUUCCCGAUGGGUAUAGCUCUCCAAGCAACAGCUGUCAGUCUAGCAACUUCUCUGAGCCCUCAGAGAGUCAACAGCAAAGCUUCCUGAAGUCCGGAAUCCCUUUAUCUGGGUUUCUUUGCCCCUUACAAGAUUUAUGCACAUCUCCACAGGAAGACAGUGAUGUUCAGAUAGAAAGAGAGAUCCCCACAGGGGACUACAAGUGCUGUGACUUGGUUGUAAAAAUAAAGGAAUGCAGGAAGAGCGAGGAGCCCGAGCCAGCGGCCCCCAAGCCAGCACCCCCCAAACCAGUGCCCCCGGAGCCGGCACCCCCUGAGCCACCAGAGACCCCUGACCCGUCCGAAGACUGUUCCGAGAGUCCACGAACACCUGCAGGCUCCUUGACCUUGCAGGAAGCGCUGCAAGUCCGGAAACCCCAGUUCAUUUCUCGUUCCCAAGAACGGCUGAAGAAGCUGGAACACAUGGUACAGCAGAGAAAAGCCCAGCGGAAGGAGAACCUGGGGCAGAAGCAGAGUCUCUUUCCUGUCCGCGCCAACAAGAAGCAGUUCACCGUUCCCCACCCUCUUAGUGAUAACUUGUUCAAACCCAAAGAAAGAUACAUUUCAGAGAAGGAGAUGCACAUGCGAUCUAAAAGAAUCUAUAAUAACUUGCCGGAAGUGAAAAAGAAAAAAGAAGAACAAAAGAAAAGAGUGAUCUUACAGAGUAACAGACUCCGUGCUGAAGUCUUCAAAAAGCAAUUACUGGACCAGCUCCUUCAAAGGAACGCGGUCUAACCACAGGCCGUGCGGCUGACCCACUCCCGGGACCUGGGAUGGCUUCAAACACCGGAUCCACCAUUAAACUUACCACUAUCUUCAUGAUAUGAAGCACUUACUUUACUUUUGAUUUAUUUUUUUGUUUGUUUGUUUUUGUUUUUUGUUUUUGCUUUUGUUUUUGUUUUGUAAAGGAAAACAUAGCUCCUGAAUUGCUUGCCCAAACCACACAGACACAGUAACCCUUGAGGAAAUGGGCCAGCAGACCAUGGAGGGGUGACCCACAUGAUGUAAAUCACUAGGUCUAGUCCUCUCAGUUUUCCACUUUGGAAUUUACCUUUUGCUUCUGAUUCCCUGCACCCGCUGCCACCAUUUCCCCCGAGGCAGAAAAAGGCCUAAUACGUUCACAUGCGCCCAGAUCCCA